AUGCUUUCUAGACUGCCAGGUUUCUUUGAACGCUACUUCAUCUGCAGAUCUACAGGCGGUCACUUGAGUAAUGGCUUCCAUAUGUCAGUGUGCUUGAAUAAGACUGUUGACGAUGUGAUUCUCUCUAAUGCGUUGAGAGCACUUUUGUUGAAGCAUCCCAUCCACUGUCUUCAAUUCUUUCGCCAGGACUCACUGGCUGGAUCUCUGGCUGAAUCUUCACUAUUGGAAGACAAAAAAGCCAACUGCAAGAACUACGAUGCUCGCUUUGUUUCUCAGAUUUUAUACAACGAUGUGGUCGUACACCAAGAAGUGGAAUCAUUGGACUCAACUUUCUUUCGCAACUUGCAUGACAACCGUAUCCCAAUUAACGUCGAAAGACCAAACUGGAUACUCGUGGUGAAUCAGAUCAAGGGCUCCGAUAAACAAUAUUUAACGCUUUCCAGCAACCAUGUUUUCAUUGACGGUAAUUCUGGUGUAAACUUCAUGGAUGACUUGGUGAAAGAGUUGGCUGAGGUAGAAACAAUUGAUGAUCGCCUGUUCGUGACCGUGUUGUUUAACAGUACCAAAGAUGCACCCGCAGUUUUGCCAAAGGCCAAUGAAGAUGUCGUGGGGCUUUUCAAUCUCACCCCGUGGUUCAUUUUCAAAACGAUCGUGCGGAUGGCGUUGAUUCCAAGUUCAGUAGCCAAGUUUUUCAAGAGUUACUUUGUGCCUGGCCAUCCCAACUUGUAUAAGCACCCAAUCUUCGAUUUCUAUCCUGUGUCUCAUGACAACAAGAGCAACUUCAACCGAGUCACACUCACAAGGGAAGCAUCAGCAAAAUCUUUGCGAUAUUGUAGACUGAGUGGGGUCACUAUGACCCCUUUCAUUGCUGCUUGCGCCAUGAAGGCUUUGGACUCUACAUUUGCACAAGUACUUGCCGAUUCUCCGUCGUAUACCUUCAAUAUAGAUGUGUGUGGACGUCGAUACUAUCCCGAAUUGAAGAAAGAGAUGAGAUACGGACUUUUCGCUUCUACUGUCGGGGCCGUUAUUUCUGGAGACUCCACAAUUCUACAAGCCGCUAAGAAAAUUUCCACAAAAUUAGUUGACAAUUUGAAAAGCAGAGCUUGUUUUCCAUUUGCUGGGUUGCUUAGGCUCGUGAACUUUUGGGAUUUUUUCCAGAAGAAGUACGACAACAAAGCUGCCAGAACUUCAAUCGAGGUUUCGAACGUGGGGUUAUUAAAAAUCAACCACGCAGACUGGAACGUAGAUGACUUCAUCUUCAGUCAAGGUGUUGGAAUGGACCUACUCACUAUUUCUGCAAGUAGCACAUCUCUUGGAGGCAUGAAUCUUGUGGUGGCCAAUCACGAGUCGCUCGAUGAGGUUGACAAAGGACAUGCGAUGGAGCAGUUCAUUGAGAAGUUCCAGCAAUACUUAGAGAAUGGUGAGUCUAUUUACUGA